GCAACAACCGUCGCUCCCUACUCUUCAUUCACGGGCUCACAGAUUUGAGUCUCGUCGUCCUCUUCCUCGGCCGCCUCGUCAAGUCCACCGCUCUGACAACGCGUCCCAGCCCCGCACCACCGCCGCCACCACCACCGCCCUCAUUCCCAAGUCCCCCAACUCGGCGGUCAGUCCCCCCAAUCUGAGCUAACGGCCUCUUCUUCCUCCUCCUCGGCAUGAGCGGCUUCUUGGCGGUGGUCGGCAAGAUCGGCACCUUCCUGCUGUGGGUGCUCUUCCUUGUCCUGCAGACGGCCACCCGGAUUGUCGGCAGCCUCCUCGUUGGACCAGCCGAGCAGCAGGACGACGCGCAGCAAGAGCCGGCGGCGGCGGCGGUAGCGCGGCGCAGGUCGCCGCCAGCCUCGCCGCUCCGCGACCCCUACGAGCCGGCGUCGGCGCCGCUGCAGCAGCUGUGGGACCCGCCGCCGCCUCCGUACCCGCCCUCAGCUCCCGUGGCGGAUGAGUACUCCUCGUCCUCGAGCUUCCGGCGGCGGGCGAGCGCGCCGCCGCCGGCUGAGGACGUAGUGGUGUCUUCGAGUGCCUACUCGCGUCCGCCGCCGGCGGCGGCUCAUGCGCAUUCCGUGUCAGCGCCUCCGCUGAGGGAGACGCGGGCGGUGCCAGCGAGGGCGGCCGCAGCUGGGGGUAAGCGGCCGAGGCUGGAGAGGAAGUACUCCAAGAUUGUUGACCAGUACCACUCCUUCGAUGAGGUUAUCGAAGCAUUAGCACAAGCUGGUCUUGAGUCUUCCAAUUUAAUCAUAGGAAUCGAUUUCACAAAGAGUAAUGAAUGGACAGGAAAGAAUUCGUUCAAUGGCAUGAGCCUGCAUCAUAUUGGUGAAACCCCAAAUCCUUAUGAACAGGCAAUAUCCAUCAUUGGGCAGACCUUAUCAGCUUUUGACGAGGAUAAUUUAAUUCCUUGUUAUGGUUUUGGAGAUGCAUCUACGCAUGACCAAGAUGUAUUUGCUUUCUAUCCUGACGAAAGACCAUGCAAUGGUUUUCAGGAAGCUUUAGCUCGAUACAGAGAAAUUGUUCCUCACCUUCGCCUUUCUGGUCCUACAUCAUUCGCCCCAAUAAUUGAAAUGGCCACAACCAUUGUGGAGCAAAGUGGCGGCCAAUACCAUGUUUUAGUAAUUAUCGCUGAUGGGCAGGUCACACGAAGUGUAGAUACCGAAUUUGGUCAGUUAAGUACCCAGGAGCAAAUGACAGUUGAUGCUAUUGUACAAGCCAGUGAAUUUCCCUUGUCUAUAAUUCUGGUUGGAGUUGGAGAUGGUCCAUGGGACAUGAUGAAGGAAUUUGAUGACAACAUACCGGCUAGGUCUUUUGACAAUUUCCAGUUUGUGAACUUCACUGCGAUCAUGUCAAAGAAGAUAAGUCAAAGCAAAAAGGAAACGGAGUUUGCCCUUUCAGCACUCAUGGAAAUUCCAUUGCAGUACAAGGCAACAUUAGAGCUUGGACUUUUAGGACGUCGACUUGCAAAAUCGCCUGAGCGGGUUCCACUUCCUCCACCCUUCGCAAGUUAUAGCACUGUUUCAAGAGCAGCACCAUAUCGGGCAAAUAGCUAUCGAAGCGUGCCUUCACGUCCUAGAGAGGAGCCAACUGUAGAUUCAACUAUCACAGCAUCAGUGACAUCCCCACCAGCUGUCGAAACUAGAGUUCCAGAACCCCAAAUGUGCCCAGUUUGCCUUUCCAAACCCCGGGACAUGGCAUUUGGUUGUGGUCACCAGACAUGUUCGGAAUGUGGACCACAAGUCGCAGAUUGCCCCAUCUGUCGAAGGCCCAUUGAUACGAGAGUAAAAUUGUACUAGUCAGGAUAUAACUGAAGCGCUCUCAAUCAGGAAGUAGAAUCCAAUGAAAUAGAAUUCUCAUUAGACUAUUAAUGAUGUAGGGUGUAUUUAAUUUAAUAAAUCAGCUGUAUAAAAAUGGAGAAUAAUAGUCCUUUGCUCGUAUCCUGUUUCAAUUCUGUUUGAUUGUAGGUCAGAGUUACCUCCUUUAUCUAAAAAAAAAUAUUGUACGCUGGUGAGCUACAUGUUGCAGCUUUUACCAUGAUGUGCUGCCAUUUUAUUGUGCAGUUAGGCGUG